AUGGCAGAUUUAUCGAAUUGGAUGGAAACCUUCAAGGACAAAAUGGAUGAUAAAAGUUAUCAGGUCAUUUUUGAAACACUCGCUGCGAACCAAUUUACGAGUAGGCUUCAACUAAAACUUCUUACCUCGGAUCAAGUCGACAUGAUGUUUUCAAAGGAACAAACCUUACCUUUAGGUGCAAAAAGCUUGCUGAUAUAUCAAUUAGAUUUCCUUAAGGAAGAAUCGCCGCUUCCAGUUCGAGCCCGGGGGCAUAAAGCAGAGCGAAUGAAUAUCGAUGAAACGUCCCAACCCCGAGAAAAGCACUCGAAGUCUGAGGUGGAAACGCGCCGGGUAAGUUUGCACGUGUUUUAAGCGGGAACCUUUUGGUUCGUUGUUGAAUUCAGCAUUCAGUUGAGUUUUCGUCUAAUAUUUAAAUCAUUUCCGUUCUAGUGUGUUCUUCCAGCUUUGCAAGAGCAGGGAAAAAAAUUUAAAGAACAGCUCGAAAGGGGAAAACAAGAAUAUCGAGAAAUUGAAAUGAACUUGGAGUCUAUGAUGAUCCAAGUGCAAGAGCCUCCAGCGAUUGGAAGUGCUAAAAUAGUCUGUAGUUAUUGUCACCAUAGGGGUCACCGCAAUCAGAUGACGAAACCAUGUCAGCUGAAGAAGUGUGUCGACUAUACAUUUUGCGGAAUUAAGGAGAAACAUCCCGAAUAUUUCAACAAGCUGAAUUCCUUGAAGGUGGAUCUCAAGAGAAAACAAAAAGAAAUUCACGAGCUUGAAAACCAAGCCAAAGCUAUGGAAGAUUUUUCAUCGAACAAUGAAUUUCAUUUUAUAAAAAAUUUAACCCCUCGUUUGUAUGCUGUGGAUCCCUCGUAUAAAACAAACAAACCCAAACUUAUGCGAGAUGUACGUAUGCUGCGAAAUUUCCUUGAUGGAAAAAUUCCGAAAGUAUGUGCGGAUGAUCCCGAGCAGUUACGAAUUCUCCUUGCAAAAUGCAAAAAAAAUCUUCGGCAAGUGGCCAAUUCUCCCGAUUUGUUUGAAGAAGGAGAAACUUAUGCGAGUGUAGAAUAUUGUAAAGACAUGUCGCCGGUUAAGUCUAGGUAUUCUGCAGAUGGAGGUAAAGAAAGCGCUAGUAAACAAGAUACAUUUAAAUUACAUUCGAAGGACGACACUAAAGAUGACUCCACUUUAUCAAGCGAAAGCGAUGAUUGCCGACGUAAAAAACGCAAGCGAAAGAGGAAGAAGAUUAAAAAGAAGAGGCGGCACCAUUCAAGUUCGAGUUCGACUUCUGAGAGUAGUGAG